UUGGAGAUACUACACUAAUCGAUCUAAUGUUUUAAAUUCCACAUUGAUUUCUCACGUUGAAAUGGACUGUAGACUCCCCCGAAACCGUUUAAAAACAUUAUCCAGUAAUCUGUGAUGAGGCUCUGCUCACUAACAGUUACCAUAACAACUGAUUCGGGGAUGGUCUGCAUGAUAAUUUACACUUUGAAGAUUCAGUAAAAAAUAUUAAGACGCAACCGAAUCGAAAAAAAUAUUAGUAUAUUAGUUAUAAUAAACUUAUAAUUUACCGUUCCUAAAAAAUAUAGGAACUUCCGGGCCGCCAAACCCCGCCCACUGAUAGCAAGCUUACCUGCUGCUGGCCGCUCCACGCACUUAUAUUUCUAUGGCUUUAGCGAGAGUCAAUCAGUUCAUGAGACUGAACUAAAGCAUCAGAGAAAUACACGCGUGGAAAAAGAGUCGUGUGACAGAAAAACACGAUCAUGGCAUCUUUAAAUCUCGGGUUUAAUGGAGCUCGAAAAAAAGCAGCUGCGCGAAUCAGAGCCGUGGAGAGGAGAAAUCUGAUCACCGUGUGCAGGUUUUCGGUGAAGACUCUUAUUGAUCGUUCAUGUUUUGAAACGAUAGAUGACACAUCUGCUGAGUUUAUCAACUUUGUCUCCAUUCUGGAACACAUUCUGAGCCAUAGACUGAAAGGUCAAGUCAGUUGGUUUGGCUAUGAGAGUCCACGCAGUUUCUGGGACUACAUACGUGUAGCGUGUAGUAAAGUACCACACAGCUGCAUCCACAGUAUUGAGAACAUGGAGAACGUACGCAGCUCCAAGUCAAAGGGUCGUGCCUGGAUCAGGGUAGCGUUAAUGGAGAAACGUUUGUCUGAAUACAUUUCUGCAGCUCUGAAAGACUUCAAAACCACCAGGAGGUUCUAUGAGGAAGGGGCGGUAGUUCUGGCUGAAGAGGCGGGGCUUCUGGCAGAUACUCUGAUUGGUCUAAAUGCCAUUGACUUCAGCUUCUGCCUGAAAGGGGAGGGGCUUGAUGAGAGCUGUCCAGUCGUCAUUGACUACACACCGUACCUUAAAUUCACACAAACAUCUGACAGCAUCAGCAGCGAUGAAGAGGAGAUGAGGACGCUGGGCAGCAGUGGAAGUGAAGCAGGAACUCCUGAAACCUAUUUGGCAGCAAAUCUGUUGGCUGAUCAAAGCAGCUGGUACAGCAAAAGUAAAAGACUAGAGCAGAAAUACAGAGUCGUGCUUGAGCAGAAGGGUUAUCUGGAGGAGCUGGUACGUCUAAGGGAAGCUCAGCUGUCUGAGUCUGAGUCUCAGAAAAAAUCUCUCCUGCAGCGUCUCGAAAACACAGAAAUCACACACAAAUCGGAGAAAGAGCAAUUGGAGAUCAUCAUACUGGAGCUUCAGGAUCAACUAACGGUGAUGAAGAACCAUGACCUGCGCUCCAGACAGGAGCUUACCGCUCACUUGACAAAUCAGUGGCCCUCACCUGCUGCCUUGGAUACCAACGCUGUUGCCUUGGAUACGAUCCUGUACAGGAAACGCACGGGACCAUGGGAGGAGUAUGUGCUUCCUGUUUUCAACAAAGAGCUUCCCGAGUUUAGAGCAGCUUUCUACAGAUAUGAGUCUAUCGCAGACCUCUCUGGAUCCAGCACAGCUCAACACGCACAGUCUGGACAGCAAGAUAGGACUUGCACAGUGGCAAGGGAAAGAAGAUACUCCGUCGCUUAGGGGUUUGUGUGGCUCAUUGACCUCAAUGGCCAGUUACAAAUCUCUCGCUAGCCUAAAGUCUAGUGAGUAUCUGGCCAGUCCCACGACAGACAUGACCAGUCCUGGACUUACUCCAUCCUGAAAACGUA